AUGAUGAACUCGCACGCCAUUUUGUUCGUGGCGCUGCUUGUGGCUGCUUCGAUGACGUGCAGCGUCGAGUCGCGCAGGCUGCAUCAGCAGCACGUCUCCGCCAGCAGCACCGCCAGCACCGUCAACGGCAAGGCCUCCGCGUCGGCGCACGCCUCCGUGGCGGCCACACCGGGCUCCGAGAGCGCCAUCGCCUCCGCCAUGUCCACAGCCAUCGCCAACGUCAGGGCGGGCGGCAGCGCCAAGGCCGAGGCGCAGGCGGUGGCGAUGGCGAUUGCCAGGGCAUUCGCUCAAGUGGUGGCGAAGACUUCGGCGGAGGUGAUGGCGCGUGGGGACUCCAGCGCAUGCGCCCAGGGGGGCGCCAGCGGCCAGGCGGUGGCCUCGGCCGUCGCGCGGGCCGUCAGCUCCAGCUUCGCGGCGAUCGGGAUCCAGAACUACGGCGUGGAUGCCGCAACGGCGGACGCAUUUGCCGACGCCGUGAGCGUGCAGACGGCGGAGGUGUACGCGUCGUCGUUCAGCCAGGCGUGCGUGGAGUACGGGGAGGCUGCGGCGUACAGCACGGUGGUGGCGACGGCCUACGUGGAGGCGAUCGCGGAGGCGUUCACGAGCGUGCUUCUUGACGUGGACGGGUCCCGGGAGGCGUCUUCCUCGUCGAACGCGGACGGCGGCACCACGACAACCGUCGUCUCGGCCAGCGGGAGCACCUUUGUGUCCGGAAGCGGGUUUGCGAGCCAGAGCGGGUCCGGGCGUGCCGGGUGA